AUGACAGCCCGAUUCCGGAGAGUUAUGCCCCUGGCGCUGGUGGUCAUGUGCGCGCUGAUCUAUGUGUUUCUGUAUGGACAUAUCUCUGAACACCGCAUCGGGUCUGCACACAAGGAGACCCCCAUGGUCCCCCUGCAAAAAAAGGACUUCAAGCAAUAUCCCGACUGGGAUUUUGAGGAUGUUUACAUCCAGGACAAGCAACCAAGACAGACGGCCUGUCCCCAGUCUCUGAGGAACUCCAAGGACCCAGGCUUCAAGCAGGCCUUUAUACCAGACGUCCAGUUGUACCUCCACGGUGAACUACUCAACGUGCUAGAGUGGAACAGGCUAGCUCACUUCAAUAACCCCUUUGGCUUCAUGGAAUACACAAACUACACAGAGAUAAAGGCAGUGGUGGACCUGAUCCCCAAGCCAAGAGAGCCCCUGCUCCUGCCGCGGGGAAACCCCAAGUGUAUUCGCUGUGCUGUGGUGGCCAACGGAGGAAUACUCAACGGCUCUCGGAUGGGGAAGGAGAUCGAUGCCCAUGACUACGUGUUCCGGAUGAAUGGUGCCGUAACCAAGGGUUACGAGGAGGAUGUAGGUAAUAGAACGUCGGUGUACAUUCACACCGCCCACUCCAUCACCGAGUCUCCUUAUGUAUUCCAUGAAUAUGGCUACAACAAUGCACCUCAUGACAAGGGUAUAAAGUAUGUGCUGAUUCCAGAGGGGCUGAGGGAUUUCCAGUGGCUACAGGGUCUAUUGGGGAAGACACCAGUCUCUAAAGGACCCUACAAGGACAGAGAGCCGUGGAAGGACUACUCAGGACAGUUUGAUGAGACCCGUUUCUAUGUUCUUCACCCUGACUUUCUCAGAUACAUCCGCAAAAGGUUCAUGUGGUCCGAGGAGAUGAAGAGUUCAUUGUGGUCUAUAUUCAGACCUACUAACGGAGCAUUCACACUCUUCCUGGCCCUGCACACCUGUGACAUGGUGGAUGCGUAUGGAUUUAUCACAGAGGACCACGAUAAAUAUCCCAACUACUAUGUUGAGAGGAACUCUAAAACCAAAGUAAUCUUCUACUCUAAUCACGACUACAACCUAGAGAUUAAGACCUGGAAGAAACUACAUGACACCAAGAUCAUCUGGCUUUAUCAGAGACAGGAGGACCCAGAGGGAAAGACAGGCAAAACAAAACAACCAUAA